ACACUCGUCUUUCUAAGGAAUGUUAUUAUGUUAGUACUCCCUCGUCUUCCCCGCUAUAUUUGUCUAGGGGACGAACGCAUAAUCAUCUUCAGACUGGAGUGAGCCUCACUUCUCAUUCCCAAGCACACCCACAUUCAUUCUAUACAGAGAAAGCCCCAGAUCUAGCGACAAAAGAUAACAAACUUCGUCCGUAAAUUGCGAGGAACGCUCAGGUUUUUACUCUCUAGAGAGAGCCAGAGACAGAGACAGAGACAGACAGAGCCAUUUUUGUUUGACAGUAAGAGAUGGAGGAGUCAAAGGCAUUGGCUCAAAAGCACCAACAACAACAACAACAAAUGAUGCUACAACACCAUCAACAGCAGCAGCAGCAGCAGCAACAACAGCAACAACAGCAACAACAACAACAGCAACAAUUCCUGCUUUUUCAACAGCUUCAGAAACAGCAGCAGCAGCAGCAGCAACAAGCGGCGGCCAUUUCUCGUUUCCCGUCGAACAUCGACGCGCACCUGCGGCCGAUUCGACCCGUCAAUCUUACACCAAACCCUAACAUCCCUAACAACAAUAUUCCUAAUUUGCAGCAAAACCCUAACAAUCCGAGCCCUCAGCAGCAACAAUCGCAGCAGCAGCAACAACAACUGCAGCAGCAGAAUAGGGCGAUCCGACCUGUGAAUCAACCGGAGCUCCAAAUGGCUUAUCAGGACGCCUGGCGGGUCUGUCACCCUGACUUCAAGCGCCCCUUUGCUUCUCUCGAAGACGCCUGCGAAAGAUUACUACCUUACCAUGUGGUUGCAGACUAUGAAGCAGAAGAGGAUGAUAGGAUCCUCGAUUCUGACACCACAGGCCAGAUGCCCUCUCGAUCCCAACAGUGGGAUCAUAACAUUGCUACCAAAGUGGCAGAGUUCACAGCCACAUUUGAGAAGCAGGCCCUUGCCUUCAACAUAAUAUGCCGCAAACGAGCUUUGGGGGAAUUUAGAUCUGAGGAGAGAUUGAUGAUAGAGCAGGCUCUUCUCCAAGAAGAGAGGCGAGCCAUUCUGGACGUAAAAACAGAGAUAGAGUCCAGAGAGAAGGCUGGUCGUGAGGCUCAUGAGGCUAAAUUGCGAAUGGCGGCCAUGGUCCAGGCAGAGCAAGCUCGAGCUGAAUCGCAGGCUCAUGCAGAAAUGAUGGCCCGAGGCCCAAUAAGAGCAAGUGUACUUGGGUCCCAGGGCAAUGACGUUGCAAUUGGUCAUGACAUGGUAGAGCAUGAGCAAGGUGGUAACGUAGAUGAGAUGAUAAAUGGAUGGGGAAGCAAUACUCAAAGGGAUGAGAGGGAGCCAUCUGAAGAUUUCUUGAACGAUGAAGAGACUGAAAAUGGAGCGGCAGGCAUGCAGGAUGGGUGGAGAGAAGUAGGGGAAUUUGAUUUGAACACUAGAUAAGACUUGAAUAGGGUAAUGAUGGAAAAAACUUGAUCGCUGCAGCAUGCAUUAUUAACUUUAAAGGAGGUGCACCCCGCGAGACGGAAAAUUGUGGUGGUUGACUCAUGACUCAUGGUUACACAUUCAAAGGAGUGCAACAUUCUGCUCACGGGAAGGAGAAAGGAAUGGAUGGCAAGAUCUCAGGAAAUGAAGAUCAAAAAGAAUGAAAGAAAAAAUUGUUCAGCAGAUUAGAUUUAAUAGCGUCCAUGGCCUGGGCUAGCAGGCAGUCCACUCUUACAGGAAAACAUGCAAUUUUAAUUUUUUGGUAUUUCUUAUCUUCUGUUGACAAAACGGCUGGUAGGCUGGAAUUGCAAUUAUACUUGGGAAGUGUCUAGAUUUGCUUGAGCAAGCACGCGUUAUUAAA